GAGUUUAAUCUAUUUCCAUGUACGAUUUUACUGUCCAUAUUUGCAAUGUGUCCACGAAUGAACCAAGGACGUAUCUACGCUCUCCCUGCUGAGACCAUCUACGAGUGUAAAAGCUGUUUUUACAUUUAGAACAUUCUAAAUGUCUGAGCACCACUGCAAGAAAAGCCUUAGGGAUAAAAAUCCUUUAAACUUGCUCAUUGAAUGUAUUUUUUUUAGUUUUUAAGGCAUUUUAAAUUACGAAAAGGAGCAGUUUGUAUUGUUCUAGACACACAACGACGUUUUGUAUUAAUCCAAUGAAAAGCCCUUACAGGGCGUUUUGCAUGGACACGCACACAAGUGUGCGCACUCGAAAUGUGCGCGCGCUGCCGGCAUAUCACGUGAUUUAAGAGAAUCCACAGGUCCAAAAUGAAAGCAAAAGUGGCGGCACCCGAGUCAAUGUGUGCGUGCUGUGUGAGUACGCGCUCGUGUGCGUGCGUGCACAGCCGUCAAUCAAUCCCCCCGCUGGAGACCGAUUGACAAACGCACACGGUGUCCCGGAGACGGAGAACCCGCCUCAGCCCCCCCCACCAGCACACCACCACCACCACCCCCAGCAGCACCCUCCGCCCCGCAGACAGAAGGACGGUAGUUCGGCAGAAGACGCGCUGCGCGGACCGGCAGUCUCUCCGCGGCGGCUUCAGCUCAUCACAUUCCUUAGUGACAAUCCAUCGAUGGCUGAACAGAUCCGUCCUCUGCUCCCGUCCAGAUGUUUGUGAGGACGUUGGUGAACUCUGAUUCCGUUCUCGCUUAAAACGACAUGAAGUCCGAGGGAGGACUGAGCAGCAGAUGACCGGCCAGAAAGGGGUCAACGAUGGAGGAUCUGCCCGUGAAAAGCGGUGGAAGUGGUGCAGCAGUUGGACAAGGGGAGGACUUUCCUUUCUAGGAUGGUCAGAGACGAUCUCGAGAGGACAGUUGUACAGAGCAGAGAACCCGACGGCGCAGCAGAGACGCAGAACCAAAGUCAACCCCCGCAGGAACCUGCAGCACCGGAACGAGUCGAGGGCCCGGAGAGAGUUCAGCCAGAGAGCCGAGAGCCCACACAGAGUCUGCUGGACUUGCUGCGCUGGAAAGAACUGAACUCCCACGAAGAUCCGGACCGCUGGUUCCAGCUUGGUGCUGAUGCGGAGAGUUUUCCCACCCACUUCCGUCCGUUCAGCAGCGCGGCGGAGUACGAACUGGUGAAACACACCCACCGCCAGCUGCAACACAGCGGCUACUACUGGGCGUCGAUGACCAUGGAGGAAGCGCACGCAAUACUCGCACGGACACAGCCGGGCACCUUCCUCAUCAGAGACAGCGGCCAGACGGACGUUUUCUUCACCCUGAGUUACCAGAGCGACGACGGACCGACCAGCGUUCGCGUGCAGCUCAACGACCUGCUCUUCACUCUGUCGGGCAGCCACAAGACUUUUGCGUCGCUUUUCGACCUGCUCACUUAUUACACCGGCUCGUCCUGCAAGCUGACGGCGCCAUAUCGCAGGCAGCGCCCGGAGCGCCUCAAGCAGAUGUGCAGGAGGGCUCUCAUGGUCGCGUACGGGGCGGAAAACAUAAGCACCUUACCUGGAAUCAGCACUCAAGUCAAAGACUAUGUCCGUGCGUACCCUUGUUGUGUAUAGACGCCUGUGUGUGAAGAUGUUAUUAAGUUAAAGAAAUGCUCUUUUUUUUUUUUUUAAUAACACAGCUUGAGUGUUUGAGCUGCAAGUUCCCCUCCAGGUCCAUUUGCACACACUAUGUUUUACAGAUCAACCACGGUACGCUGUUCAUUUUUUGGUAAAGCACCACAAGCAUAUCCUGUCAAACUGCUGCAUCACUUUACGUAUGAUGUGUAUCGGUUGCAACAUUCGUGAAUAUUUAACAUUUAUUUAACGUCGGCCAAUAGAGGUAUCAGCAGCUCAUCAUCUUACAGUGAUUUAUUGGAGUUAUUUGUUUCUGACCACUGAUAUUUUAUUGUCGUUUGUUCUGUUUUGAAUGGAAACCUUGAAACCCGGCGAUUGCAAUUAUGUUUUUUUAAUCCUGUUAUCUCCAGAUCAUGAAUGAAUUAUCUCAUUAUCUCUGGACAAAAGGGUUAAUGAUCUCGUUAUCUUGGGAAAGUCCUUUUCUCUGGAUGAUCGGGAAAAAUACCUCAUUUUCAUCAGAAAGCAACAGGUUUUUUUUUUUUUUUUAUGGAUGGAUCCCGCAUUUAAUUAAUCUAACUCCUCAGCACAAAAAAAAGAAUAUAAUCCAAUUGAAAUCGGAUAACAUGUGUAAGAGUCUUCAGUCCUAUGGAGCAGCAGAUGAUUACAUACAAGUUUGAUGCUUUGCAAAGUUUUGUUCAUGUUGAAUACAUAAGAUCGUAUAAUGCAUGUGAACCCACGGUAAUGUUGUCCCCCCCGUUAGCUUCUCAAUGCUAAUGUCAGCAUGCUAACGCUACAACCUCCAGAGAGCAGCUACAACUCCAAAAGUAUGUCCAAUAUAUUCCUUUCACUAGCUUUAUAAUAAACUGUUUUUGAAAGUGGUGCACAAGAAA